CGCGACGUGCCCCUGUACAGUGGUCAGGGAAACCCCUAGUGCGGACCUGCCAACGCCCGGCACAGAGAAACAAACAGAAAGGAUACGAUCUUGAAUGAGAGCAGUCGACCCUGAAAGAGCACAGCUAUGCAGACGAUUAAGUGCGUUGUGGUCGGUGAUGGUGCCGUGGGUAAAACCUGCCUGCUCAUCUCCUACACCACCAACAAGUUCCCCUCGGAGUAUGUCCCAACGGUGUUUGACAACUAUGCAGUAACGGUUAUGAUCGGCGGGGAGCCCUACACUCUAGGGCUUUUUGACACUGCAGGUCAGGAGGAUUACGAUAGGUUACGACCCCUGAGUUAUCCUCAGACGGAUGUGUUCUUAGUCUGCUUUUCCGUCGUCUCGCCCUCCUCAUUUGAAAACGUCAAAGAAAAGUGGGUCCCAGAGAUCACUCACCACUGUCCAAAGACCCCUUUCUUGCUGGUGGGCACGCAAAUUGAUCUGCGGGACGACCCCUCCACCAUCGAGAAGCUGGCCAAGAACAAGCAGAAGCCCAUCACCCCGGAGACGGCCGAGAAGCUGGCCCGAGACCUCAAAGCAGUCAAAUACGUGGAGUGCUCCGCCCUCACACAGAAAGGACUAAAGAAUGUUUUUGACGAGGCGAUUUUGGCAGCCCUGGAGCCCCCUGAGCCCAAGAAGAAGCGCAAAUGUGUUUUGCUAUGAGAACCCACUCACACACACACACACACACACUUGCAUCCACACACACAUACACAUAUGUACACAUACACACACACACACACACUUACAGUCAGACCCAUACGUACAUGUAUAUUCACACACACCCUAACACUUUGUUUCCCCUCACCCCCCAACCCUCCCUCCUUCCCUUUCUCUGCUAAGGCUGCCCAUCAGCUUUGCCACCCUAAAGCAAUUUAUUCCUAGUUACAAGUGUUUAUGGUUGUGUUUUGCUUUGCAAUGAAGUUUCAAACGAUGGCCCUGUGUAUGCCAUAGUGGACAAAAUAGACACUUUCUGUUUUUUUGUUUGUUGUUUUUUUUUAAAUUACCUUUUUUUGUUUAUUUUUAAUCCACACAAAAAAAAAACGUUUAAUAAUGACUGAGAUUUUAUCUUAGCUCUGCGCUUCAUGGUGAACCUUUUUGAGUCCUUGCCUUGAGUCUUACGGUCAGGGGACUGGGCCAGUGUCGGGCCAGUGUCGGUCGAGAGCUCAGCAGAUUCUUCCAGAGCCAUUAGCAGAGGGUUCUGAAGCCACUCAUUUCAUCCGGGCGUUAGACUGUCAACUCCUCGGUCAAAGUACAGUCGUCCCACCCCUAUCUGCCCCUAUGAAAUGCAGCUGGUAGGUCUGACUUACAGUGUGAACCCUAGUCUCUAUGGCCCCCCCACCCCCCACCUCAAUCUACACACACCCUGGGUUUCAGCUAGAGCCUCACCUGAAGUGCUUGCAAAGCUUUGUUCCUGUAUUAUUAUUAUUACAAUUUUUUUUUUUUAAUUUGCCAACACCUCUGUUUGAAGGAGGAAAGAUGUCUUGAGUAGUCAGCUGAGUGACUAAACAAAUGAAACGCUUUAUUUGGGAAUUGGUGUUAAGUGUCAGAGAAAAAAAUGUCUUCUCAAGCAGGAAGAACUUUCUAACAGUGUUAGUACAGGAGGUGUGAUCUAUUGCAUUGCCAGGGACCAUGGAGGCGAUAAAACAGUGAGCCAUGAGUGAUGUUCCUGUGCUGUAGAUUAACAUUAACAAAUAAUAAUGUAAGCUGACAAGUCAUAGGUUCCACUUUUUUUUUUAUUAUUAUUUUGUUUUCUUUCUUUUUGUCUUCUUUUUUUUUGUUCGUAUUUUGUUUUUUCCGUCUUUGUGCUGUUUAUAAUCUUAUGAAUUUAUUUCUUUUCAAUUUGUUAGGAGCCGGACUCCUACCAAACUCUGAUCCACCUGUCUGUCAUUACUCAUUUCAAAUAAUUACAAGAAUGAAGAAUACUAAAAGCGAAGUCCUCCCUCCAGAGCCAAAUGUUGCUCCGCAGGUGGAUCAGAGUCUGUGGGACUCUAGCAGUCUAUGUCAUGCAAACUUUUUUUUGUUUUGUUUUGUUUUUGUUCUGUUCUGUUUUGUUUUGGUGGAAAACCAAAUUCUAUGUAUGAAGUCUGUCUUGUAUAUGCAUUCUUUUCAAAGAUAUUAAACUUAUACCUUAAUUGCC